AUGAACUGCAGCAACAGCAGCAUCAAAGUGCCCGAAACUUUUCAUCUCAUUCAGCUGAUAGUGUACGUCCCAGUUUUCCUUUCUGGAAUCCUAUUUAAUGCUCUGGCUUUCUGGGUGUUUUGCUAUAAACUGUCUAAAUGGACGGAAACCAGAGUGUACAUGAUCAACUUAAUGAUUGCCGACUGUUGUUUGCUCUUCACUUUGCCCUUCAAAGCAUUUUCCCACAACCAUGCGCUGCCCCGAGAUAACAAGUGCUUGGCUAUAGAAGCUACAUAUUUUAUAAACCGGUACGCAAGCAUCUAUAUUAUCACCAUCACAGCUGUUGAUCGAUACAUUGCAAUAAUGUACCCCCUAAAAUCAAGGACUCUGAGGUCCCCGUUCAAGGCAGCUGUCACCAGUGGAUUUCUGUGGCUACUAGUGAUAAGUUUUGUUUGCUUAGCUGAAGUAUUGGAAAAGCAAGAAAACCAUGGGAUUUGCUUUGAAAAGUGUUCCACGGAGCCAUCCAAAGGGGCAUUAGCCUUUAGUAUUGGGGGAUUUUUUAUACCAUUAAUCAUCUUGAGCUUUUGUUCAAUUCAAAUAAUUAAGAAGCUUGUGAGAAAGAAGAAAACAAAUCCACAUGAGGAAAAACUAAUCCAGAAAGCGAUCUACAUUGUUUCUGCAAACAUGGCUGUGUUCAUAAUAUGCUUUUUACCUGUUAAUAUUGGGCACAUUGUUCGGUUUAUAGUUGAUUCCACCAGCACCAGCUGCUCAGUAAUAUACAAAGGUAAUGUAUUCUUGCACAUGGCCUCAAUCAUAGCAAACACUAACUGCUGCUUAGACGCCAUUUGUUAUUACUUUGUAAACCAGGAAUUUCAGGAGGCAUCGUCCAUGUUACCAAAGACAAAAUCUGUGAAGUCGAUGUCUAAUCACAGCUGA